GGAUUUAAUCCAGGGGAGCUGUAUCUGUCAAUGUAUAUAAGUUUAUGACUUGGUCAAAUUAAAAAAAUUAGUAGUUGUUCGAGUUGUACAGAAAGAACAAUUGAUUUGUGAGUUGUCACAUUUCUAUGUCCAAUCCAACAACAUGACCGGACCAUCAUCCUCCUACUCCUCAUCCUUCUUACCAGAUGAACAUAUCUCAUCUGAGAAGGAAUUGAAGAAUUACAUCGGGGUUCGGAAGCGUCCAUGGGGGAAAUUCUCGUCGGAAAUAAGGGAUUCAACGAGGGACGGGAAGAGGGUUUGGCUUGGAACAUUUGACACUGCAGAAGAAGCUGCUUUGGCUUACGACCAAGCUGCGUUUUUGAUGCGAGGUUCGUUGGCUUUCCUUAAUUUUCCUGUGGAAAAAGUCCAGGAAUCCCUUGAAGCCAUGAACAUCAAGAUCCCUAAUAUUCAUGGUUGCAAUAUGGAAUGUUCAUCUCCAGCUGCGGCCUUAAAAGAAGCCCACAAGAUGAAGAGAAGAAAAAUGUUGUCUUCCCAGGAAGGAGAUGGAAGAAGUAGCAAAAGUGAACAACAAUUGAGAAAACAUGUUGUUGAUGAUGAUGUUUGUGUAUUAAGACUCGGGAUCUGAUUUUUAUUUUGUCAUGAUUCGUUGGGUUAUUAUUAGUAUAAAAUCAUUGUUAGAAAAAUUCGAUUGUAAUUUCUGUUUUGUUGAAUGAAAUUAUUAGCUGAAAACUCCAUCAUGCUCCUUAUUUUUCCCCUUUCUCCGUCAACCAUAAUUAAUUGUGAAAAUUCUCCAUUCCCUGAACUUGUUCGUUACAAUUGAUAGGAUGAGCUUGAUGAGGCCGG